AUGGAAGGCGUGUCUCGGACUCCUCCGUUUGCGUCAAUCACAGACAGUGAUCAUGGUGCAUACCUUCUUCUCGUCAAUGUCUCCUUGUUGAUUGUGCUGGCCUUCUUCAUCGCGGCCAAAAUAGGCUCGUCGAUCUAUCUCAAGCGGCGGCGAACGACCACCAGUUCUCCAAUUUACGUCGGAACGGUUGUUGCCAUCACCCAGACAAUCAUACUCCAGCAUGCUGUCAAAUACGGGUUGGGAAGGAAGCAGGACUCCCUGCCGGCGGACUCUUUCGAAAAGUACAGCAAGUACAACUACGCGGCUCAGCUGCUUCAGAUUAUCCCGGUCGCCUUAUCCAAACUAUCGACGACGCUCCUGGUGCAUAUAUUGACCCCGCGAAGCGGUUUGCAAAAUGCAUGUCUUGCCACAAUAGGAGCGAUCGGCGUCUGGACAGUCUUUGCGCUGUGUGCAAUCGCUUUUCAAUGUCCCCUGCCAGAUUCUUGGUUGUAUAGACCGGAUCGUUGCACGGCCAAGGGCGCCUUGAUGUACCCAAUCGCCGUCAUGAACAUCCUGACCGACGUGGCCGUCCUCACCCUACCCUUCUUCAUGAUGCACAAGGUCCAGAUGACUCAAGGGAAGAGAUUAAAGAUCCUGUGCGCAUUUUGCGCAAGAGCGCUCGCUGUCUUACUUACAAUCGGGCAACUGGCGACACUACCACAAUCCUUGACUUCAUCUGAUACAACAUGGUCGAUCGUCAUACCAUCAACCUUUGCCCAAGCAAACAUGUAUACGAACCUCAUCGUCGCCUGCCUACCGACUCUCUACCACAUCUUCGCCGGGCUGCACUCCGGUCUCAUCACAACCCGAUUACCAGACAAUGUCGAACUAUCCACGCGACGGAAGGGAAGCAGCUACAGCAAGAAGACGCCGCUCAGCGCCGAGAAACGCCGCAGCAUUUAUACAGGGUUUGCUUUCGGGAACGGCGACUCCGUAGUGACCACCAACGUGCGUACGGAUUCUCGGGAGGGCCGAUUAAGCCAAAUCCCCAGCGAUGAUAGUGAGGGGACGGGCGCCAGUACGAAACAAUUGACGAUGGAAUCACGGAGGGAUGGGGUGCUCAAGACAGUGGACAUUCACGUUCAUGUGGAACAUGAGUUGGAUCAAUGA